AUGGCCAGCGAGAAAGUACUCAACUGGCUGUACAGCGUUUUAGUUAAUGAAUACGCGGAUGUAAAUCGCACAUAUCACGACGCGGCCGAGGCACUGUCCAACUACCCGUCGCUCGCUCCAAAGACAGAACCAUAUACAUAUGAGAAUGGAUCUUCAGCACUCCUACUACUCCUUAGCGGCACGCUGCCCGUUACGUUUCGGGGCGCAACAUACGGCUUUCCAGUAGCGAUAUGGGUGCCUCAAUCCUACCCCCGAGAACCGCCCAUCGUAUACGUCACGCCGGCGCAGGACAUGGUCUUGAGACCUGGACAACAUGUGAGCACCGAUGGUAGAGUAUACCACCCGUAUCUGGCACAAUGGGCGAAAUACUGGGAUAAAUCUACACUAUACGACUUCCUAGCCGUACUAAGAAGCAUCUUCGCGAAAGAGCCGCCUGUGCGAUCGAGACAACAACAGCCGCAGUACAAUGCGCCCGCGCAGCAAGCACCCCCUCCAGUACCACCUCCGCCAGCCGAAUGGCGUCGCUCAGUACAUGGCACACCGCACGCAUCCUCCUCUCCUGCUCCACCGAAUCAAGCCCCAGCACCUCCUCCAAAGCCGCCGAAGCCUCACGAACAGGGCCGGUCCACGCCUCAGACGCCACAAGAUCGAUACGCGCAACCCCCUCCUCUGCCACCCCACCCUCCACAACAUUCCCACUCGCAACAGCCCUAUCAACAAGGCCAGAGCAACAGAUUUGACGCGCCACAACACCGGCAGCCACAGCCUUCAGGCCAGCAGUAUGCGCCAAAUCGACAAGGUGGGUACAAUCAAAGCCCAGCAGCUCAGCAUCCUCAAACACAUGCGCACAGCUACCCUCCACAACCAGUACAGAAUGGCAGUCCUAUCAGCCCUAUGGUGCCUAACGACCAGCGAACGGCUGCCCAAUUCUCGAGAGCAGGGCCUCUGCAGCCUCCGAACUUUCAACAACCGCAACAGUACCAAGGACCACCGCCAUCCCAACAGCAGUAUAGACAGCCUCCACCACCACAGCAGCAAUAUCAGCAGCCGCCACAAUGUUACCCACCACAGCAGCAUCCUCAGUUUCAGCAAUACCCACAACCUCCGCCUCAGCAAGCGCCACCAGCCCCGAAGCCCCCAAUCGACCUCCUCGAUGACUCUCUCGAAGUCACUUUGCCCUCACAGUCCGGCAACCAAAUUCCCCUACCGGUACCGCCCGUCCCCCCGAAUCCUGAGAAAGAUGCACUUCUCCGAGCUUUGAGCCAAACACUGGUUUCGCAGAUUCGACAAACAGUCUCUUCCAACAUGGCUGCGGUAGCACCACUUCGUGCGCAACAAGCCGCUUUACAAACCGCGUACUCUCGGUUACAGUCGGAACUAGGCGAACUUCAGCAGCUUGACGCGGCGCUUGCUUCCAACGAACAAGUGUUGAAAGGUGCCAUGGUCGAAGCGGACCGGGUCAUGGAAGAUGCACGAAGGAGAAAGGCACCAGAUGUCGAUGACGUAUUAGUAGCGCCUACAAUAGUCGGAGGGCAGCUCUACAUACUUGCUGCGGAAGAAAAGGGCAUUGCGGAUGCGCUGUUCGUUCUGGGCCGCGCGUUAGACAAGGGUCGGGUUAGUACUGAUGUUUUUGUGAAGCAAACUAGAAGUCUCGCUCGAGAACAGUUCUUGAAGAAGGCACUAAUUAAGAAGAUUGCCAAGGGCAUGGCUUUGGAUGAGUAUCAGAUGCAUUGA